GUAGAAGUUGAAAGAUUGGUUAGUGCUCCUGCCUUACAACGGGUGGGUUAUUUAAUUUGGGUGCUCGUCAAUCCUUAUACUUUAUCUUUUUCUUUUAUUCAGGGUAAACUAAUGGAUGGUAAAAUUAUCGACUCAUCAUUGUCUCGAGAACCUCUUGUCGUGGAUCUGGGGAAAAGAACAGUCAUAGCUGGUCUGGAACAGAGUUUGAUUGGCGUCUGUGAAGGGCAGAAAAUUAAAGCCACUAUCCCCUCUCACCUUGCUUAUGGGAAAAAAGGUUAUCCUCCCACAAUUCCAGGUGACGCUCCCCUUCAGUUCGAGGUGGAGGUGAUUUCCCUGACGCAACAGACGCCGUGGCAGAAAAUGGUCAACGAUGUGUUCCCACUCGUCUGUUUAGCCCUGGUGCCCACUCUGCUCGGCAUGGUGGGACUGUACCUCUACAAAAAGGCCAACGCUGACAAGCCAAGCAAGAAGAAAGCAAAGGACAAGAAGAACAAAAAGAAAUAGGAACAACACAAAGCUAUUUAAAUAAACUUUUUAAAUUGUA